AUGGCCCAACGUCCAUCCAACCUCGCUCUUGCUGGGGCGGCCGCAGGCAGCCUCGCCCUGCUCAGCGCCACCAGCAGCGACGCUUUCGUCGCAGCGCCGAGGGAGGCAAACGCGCCGAGCCUCCGUGGCACCUCCGUUGCACAGGCUCAGGCCCCGUCCGCCCCGGCUCCUUCGUUCUCGGCGCUUGCUGCCGGCGGGGCCGUAGCUGCAGCUGCGGUGGCUGCUGGCCGAUCAGGCCGUCAGGCGCGUAGCUCGAUUCUUCCCACGACGGUGGUGCCAGUGAAGGACAGCCGCGUGACGCGCAAGGCAUUGGACCAGUCCAGCCGAUAUGCGGACCUGUCCCUGGACGAGGCCACCCUGAUCAAGAACGGCAAGCACGUGCUGGUGGCGUACAUCAUGAAGCCGAAGGCGGGCUACGACUACCUGGCCACCGCCGCCCACUUCGCCGCCGAGUCCUCCACAGGCACCAACGUGAACGUGUGCACCACCGACGACUUCACGAAGUCCGUGGAUGCCCUGGUCUACUACAUCGACCCUGACAGCGAGGAGAUGAAAAUCGCCUACCCCACCCUGCUGUUCGACCGCAACAUCAUCGAUGGCCGCGGCAUGAUGUGCUCCUUCCUGACCCUUGCCAUCGGCAACAACCAGGGUAUGGGCGAUGUCGAGUACGGCAAGAUCUACGACUUCUACCUGCCCCCGUCCUUCCUGCGCCUGUAUGAUGGGCCCGGCGUGAACGUGGAGGACAUGUGGCGCAUCCUGGGCAAGGGCACCAGCAACGGUGGUCUCGUGGUUGGAACCAUCAUCAAGCCCAAGCUCGGCCUGCAGCCCAAGCCUUUCGGCGAGGCCUGCUAUGCCUUCUGGCAAGGCGGUGACUUCAUCAAGAACGAUGAGCCGCAGGGCAACCAGGUGUUCUGCCAGAUGAACGAGUGCAUCCCCGAGGUCGUGAAGGCCAUGAGGGCUUGCAUCAAGGAGACCGGUGUCGGCAAGCUGUUCUCGGCCAACAUCACCGCGGAUGAUCCAAACGAGAUGAUCGCCCGCGGCAAGUACUGCAUGUCCCAGUUCGGACCUCUGUCCGAGAACUGCGCCUUCUUGGUGGAUGGAUACGUCGCGGGAGGCACCGCUGUGACCUGCGCUCGCCGCAACUUCCCCAAGCAGUUCCUGCACUACCACCGAGCCGGCCACGGCUCCGUGACCAGCCCCCAGACCCAGCGUGGCUACACUGCCUUUGUCCACACCAAGAUCUCUCGUGUUAUCGGUGCCUCCGGCAUCCACACCGGCACCAUGAGCUUCGGCAAGAUGGAGGGCGAUGCCUCCGACAAGAACAUUGCCUUCAUGCUGCAGGACGAUGAGGCCGAUGGCCCCUACUACCACCAGGAGUGGGAGGGCAUGAAGCAGACCACCCCCAUCAUUUCUGGUGGCAUGAACGCGCUCCGCCUGCCGGCCUUCUUCGAGAACCUGGGUCACUCCAACGUGAUCCUCACUGCCGGUGGCGGCGCCUUCGGCCACAAGGAUGGACCCAAGCCUGGUGCCAUCUCCUGCCGACAGGGCGAGGAGGCCUGGAAGGCCUGGAGGUCCGGACAGUACGGCAACAUCAGCCUGAGCGAUGGCGUCAUCGAGUUCGCCAAGACGCACGAGGAGAUCAAGGGUGCCUUCCUCACCUUCCAGAAGGAUGCCGACCAGAUCUACCCGGGCUGGAAGGAGAAGCUCGGUUACACCGGCGAGUCGUCUGUGCAGGCGGCGAGCUUUGAUUGGGCCAAGAAGGCUUGA